AUGUUCCUGAACACAACCGAGGGUCUCUUACCCACUGAGGGCCCAGACUCAAAGCUGGACUGGACCGAGUUGGACACCUAUAACUGUACCAACUACACAGCAGCCUGGGACUGGCUUUCCUCCUACCAGCCGGUCUACAUGGUUCUGCUCAGCGUGGUGGGCGUUGUGGCCAACGGUCUGGUCCUCUGUGUCUUCUGUUUGCAGAGGAAGCCAUGCACCAUGGCUGAUGUCUACCUGGGCAACUUGGCAGCUGCAGACCUGGUCAUGGUGUCCUGUUUACCCUUCUGGGCCGCCACCAUCGCUAACAACUACCACUGGGAGUUUGGCGAGCCCAUAUGCAAGCUGGUCAAUGUGGCCAUCUCCAUGAACUAUUACUGUAGUGUUUUCUUCCUGGUGCUGGUUAGCGUCGACCGCUACCUGGCUCUGGUCCGGCCCAUGUUCCAAAGCCGACUGCGGAGGGCGGCCUGGGCCAAGCGCAUCUGCCUGGGGAUAUGGAUCGUGGGGUUCCUGCUGAGUCUGCCCAUCCUGGUCUUCCGCAGGGUGAAAUACGUGGCCAAGGCUGGGGUGAUGGCCUGCGUCCUGGCCUACCCCCAUCCGGACUGGGAGAUCCAGCGCAACGUCACCAAUAACGUGGUUGGGUUCCUACUUCCGGUGAUAGUUGUGUCGUACUGCAGCCGCCACAUCGUGACCAGUCUGAAAGACGGUCAGAUCAGAAAAACUCCCGGGGUGAGGUCAGAGAGGAAGGCCACACAACUGGUCCUGACUGUCCUCACGGUCUUCCUCAUCUGCUGGACGCCCUACCAGGUGGUGCGCUUCCUGGACACGCUGGAUUACUUCCAAGUCACGCCAGGAUGCCUCUGGGGUCACAUUCUGGACAUUACCAUACAGCUGUCCACCUACCUGGCGUACGCCCACAGCGCCAUCAACCCUUUCCUCCGGUCCAGCGGUUCAGGAGAAGACCACGAGCCGGUCCAGUGGUUCCCGGGAGAAGACGACGAGCCGGUCCAGCGGGUCCCGGGAGAAUACAACGAGCUGCGCCAGCGGUUCAGGAGAAGACCACGUUUAAAGUAG